UACACCUGCAUUUAUUAAGAUCCUAGUAUCUGAAAACCCUUUUUUGUUUUUCCAUUCAAGGACUUGCUGUGUUCAGAUCUAAGAAAAUUGCGCCUUGCCUCAUCCUUGGAAUAUCAACCCUAUUUGAGUCGCGUCAAUGGAGAUUUCAUCAGCGAAAUGGCUAUCAGAGUUGGGAAUGGAUGAAUACAACUACAUCCACCAAUCCCACAUGAACACUCUUGAUGGUUUUACCACACAUGACAUGGCCACUGCAAUGGUAGAGAACUUUCAACAAUCACUCUCUUCUGAAAGCUAUUCUUCUUAUCCCACCUUCACAGAAAAGGCCACCACCACCUUAAGUAAUACUUCAGCUGAAACAUUUCAGAGGCCUGCCAAGCAGCCAAAGACUAACAGUUGGGACUCUUGCAUCACAGACCAUGUUUCGCCAAAACCUUCUUCCUCCUCCCACAUUCUUUCAUUUGAGAAUUCAAUUUCAAUGCUAACGAACCCUCAAGAGUUCUACGGAAGUCAUGACGACUCCUUGAAGCUAAACAACGAGAUGGUUUCCCAAGCAAAUAUACACUUCCCACCUUUGAUUUCCAAGGAUUCCUUUGAGAUCCAAGACUAUGCACCAAAAGCCAGCCUGCAAGGGAUUAAGAGGACCUACUCAUCAAUGACCAGAAAUCCUUCAAACGCUCAAGAUCAUAUUAUUGCGGAGAGGAGGCGUAGAGAAAAGCUCGGUGAACGGUUCAUAGCUCUUUCAGCCAUUGUUCCUGGCCUAAAAAAGAUGGACAAAGCUUCUGUCCUUGGAGAAGCUAUCAACUACGUGAAAGAGCUUCAAGAGCGCAUAAAAUUGUUCGAGGAACAGACCAAGAAAAGAACUGUGGAAUCUGUGGUUUUUGUGAAGAAGUCUCAGCUCUCAGCUGAUGAUGACACCUCUUCGUGUAACGAGAACUCUGAUAACUACUCUGAUGAAGAACUCCUUGAGAUCGAAGCAAGAAUUUCAGAAAAGGAUGUACUUAUCAGAAUCCACUGCGAGAAACAAAAAGGAGCUAUUGUGAAAAUACUAAGCGAAAUAGAGAAGCUUCAUCUAAUUGUUGUCAAUAGCAGUGUCUUGCCUUUUGGGAAUUCCACUAUUGACAUAACCAUUAUUGCUCAGAAGGGCAAUGAAUUCAAUAUGACAACAAAGGAUCUAGUGAAAACUCUACGGGUGGCUUUAUUGAAAGAAAUGUAAAUCCAACAUGCUACACCAAGAUCAUUCAGUUCGUGUAUGAAGACCUUAUUCUUUCAAUCUGUACAUCAAGAGAACUUAAUUUAGAAGAUCAUCCAUAUUUUUUGUUUCUCAGACCUAAAUCUCAAGAGAAGCCACUGCUUGCAACCUCUACUUUUUUCUCCACUUGUUUUUGGGACCGUUCGCUAUUACUAAAGCUUGUUUUCUCAUCAAGAGGGUUCUGUACUUCUGUUCUGUUGGAGGGGUUUUUCUUGUUCUUGAUUUUUGCGCGGUUGACUUGUUGACCACGUUGAAUUACGCAACUCACUCGUCUUGAAAGAAUUAAACCUCAUGGCUAUUCCGCUAUAAUUUAUUAUAACUAGGGUUUUUUGAGAGGUCUGAGCUUUCAUGUGGCUUAUAAAGUUAUAAUAGUCAUAAUGAAAUCUUUUUCUUAUCUCUUUGUUUUCACGUGGUGCUUUUUGAGAAGGUAAAACA